AUGCAGCUCAGUCCUCUGCAGUCGCGCCUGGCUGCAUCCGUCAUAGCAUCGUGCUUAUUACUCGCCAUUUACCUGUUCUUGCUCUCUCCGCAGUUCGCCCUUGCCGCCGAGCUCAGUUCUAUACCCAUCGACCAUGAAACCGAGGUCGACGCAGAACGAUGGAACCCCGAACAAAUGCUGGCAGACGGAGUUGAGGCGUUAGAAACGCUAGAUAUAAGGAGUGACACGUACGAGCCGGUUUUUGCACCAUUCGACCGAAGUAUCAUGGGAAGAGCUCAGACUGGGGUAAAAGCUAUGGUUAACAACGCGCCCGUCAAGAUGAACCUCGAACCAAGCUCUUGGUCAACAUUUGUGUUUGAAGUCUCGUCAGUCUCUGGAAGAGACGAUUCUGGGAACACAGAUGGGGUACGGGAAUUGCGGAGAGAAUUGAAUGUGUCGCAAAACCCCAAGGACGAGAUAUACGGGGUGGGUUUGAAAAUUGAAGACGACGUUGGAGUUCAACCAGAGUUGGCGAAGCGUGCGACCAAGACGCUAUGGAUCUCAGCGAACACCUGUAUACAACCAGAGCCGGAUAGCGAUAAGACCACGAUGACUCCCCCUCAGCUCACCCUGUUUGUUUCGACGUCCAAGACCAACACCAGCCCAGGGCCUCUAGCUCCCCCCAAUCAGCAGGAAUUUCGGGUCUUCGAUGAGGGAGCCGUCAUGUGGAACACGACUCUUUCCGAAGAUGUAUACUUCACUGUGUCCGCGCCGAACGUGUCCACUGAGUUCUCCUCGAGAUUCUACAAUGUAGAAAUUGCAGCGUCUGUCGACCAAUCAUACCACUCGUAUGGUGAGAAAACGGCAUUGUACUGGGUUGACAGCGAUGCAAACGCGACCUUGUUGAUGACAGGCAAUUUGACCAACAGUUCUGGAGAAGCAAUCGCCACGCCGCCCUACACUAUGUUUGCGUACAAUCAGGAUGAGAAGGCCGUGGUGGGGGUCAGGAAUUCAUUCUGCGGACUCAAACUAUAUGCUCAGAUCGGUGGAACCAGGUCAAGUCUGCGAACCGACAUGAUGAGGACUGGUAUGACAACUCGAGGUCAACAAAAUGCGACUCGGCAGGAGUUCUACUUCAACGGGCUGAACUCGAGUACUAGUUAUACGGGGAUUUUGGCCCGAGAACCCGGUGUAAACGCGCUGGGGAAAAGAGACGGAGCUGGAGGCGGCGGCGCCGUAUUCAAUACAACCCAGUUCAGUACCAAAGACUCUGGAACAUGCACAAUCAUCUAUAACCUCACAUUUUGUGACCAGACGGCAUAUGCCGUGCCAGGGAACACUUCUAGGUUCGCUGAUGCCAUCGCACUGGCAAGCUUCUACGACGACUACGCCAAAUCUGUGUACGACAACUUCAACAAGGCCAUGCAGCAGAUUCCGUGUGACACGGGGACCACUGCCAAAUACUCCCUGGUUCGGGGCUGCUCCGACUGUAAAUCAGCCUACAAAGACUGGCUCUGUUCCAUAGCCAUCCCGCGCUGCGAAGACUUCUCCAAAAUGGAUAAAUUCUUGCAAAUGCGCAACAUCAACGCCCUCUUCCCGGAUGGACAUAAAGUGGACGAAAAUAUCACCGCAGCAUACGGCGGCAAUAAGGCAUACAACUCAUCUCGAGUGCCGCGGAUAGACGACGAAAUUAGUCCCGGCCCGUACAAAGAGGUGCUGCCAUGUGAUGAUCUUUGCUACAAUAUCGUGCAGAGUUGUCCGUCGUCGCUGGGUUUCAGUUGCCCCGUACCCGGUAUGCGGGGGUUUAAUAAUAGUUACGGUCACCGGGCGGCUAGUGGGGAUAGCAACGUCACCUGCAACUUCCCUGGAUCGGCCCAUAUUGUGAGUAGGGCGACGAUACUCACAGUGCCUUGGGUUGUGGUGGUUGUACUGAUGGGAAGCGUCCUACUUCUCACGUAA